CAAGCAACACCUUGUGAUGCAAAAGGAAGAAUUCCACGGUAAAGUGAAAAGCUGGGAGACGCGUCGUCUAAUAGCCCGGACAAACCAUUGCAUGAUAUCACGCUCUACAUAGUGAAUAUCCGACAAUGGCCUCACCAGGCGAAAGCGCAGCAGCGCGAAGACAGAAGCCCAAACAAGCCGCCCCAGCGAAACUACCACCCCUACCCAAGGGCACCACUAUCCGCCAUCGUCCGAUACCCUCCCGCACUCCCCCCACGCGCGCCUCUCACCGCUUCUACGUCAAAUCUUCGACGCCCUUCCGCUCCAUCACGACACGAGUGCGCAAGCAGCUCGUCAAGAACCUGCGCACUUCCUCUUCCACACACCCGCAGGCCCUGACCAACAAGCUGUCCAAGAAAGACAUGUCGCUAUCGAGCCGCAUCUACGCGUUGGAACAAGCGCAGGGGAGUGGGAUUGGACUGGAACAUGCCGGUGAGGUCGUCGUUGCCGGGACGGGGAAGGCGAUUGAGAAGGUGGUCAAUGUGGCUGCUUUCUUUAAGGGUCAGGGUGAUUGUGAGGUCACAUUACGGACGGGGAGUGUAGGAGCUGUGGAUGAUGUGGUGCAGGAGGGGGAGGAUGAGGAAGAGAUGGGUUGGGAGGAUGGGAGCAAAACGCGGGUCAGGAUGGUCAGCUCUUUGGAGGUGUCUAUCAAGUUGAGGUGAGAGAAGACGGUGAGGGGGUCCAUUUCGAUUUUAGAAAUAGCCUUAUUGCUUGCUGCAAAGUUGGAGCAAAGGGUACUUGGUGCAGUUCUGCUUCUGCCCGUCGAGACUGCUUGAGGAAGUUGGACAGCUGUCAUGGAAGACAAUAUGAUGAACGGAACCACUCGUACCGAGCGAGCCCCUUAGUUCCAUCCCAUGGUCCAAGGCAAAUUGCAAGAGGGGGCAUCUACCUAUCAGUGCGUUUUCUUGUCCCAGUUGCAUUAUUAUCGGACCUGUUGUGCAAGACAACCUGAAUUAUUACCAAACUGUUCGUCUCAUGGAGUGUUCUGUGAACGCCGUUUCGCAUCGUUAGGCGACGCUGUGCACCCGAACGAACCGGUAUGUAGCAACAUUGAAUAAAAUACAACUAUCAUUUCAAUUCAUAAA